AAUACUUACAGCCACCAAACCAAUCGAUGAAAGGUAUGAGCCUACUGCAAAAGAUGCGGCAAGUGCACUACAUGUCUCCAGUAGUCCUUUAUGCCCUAGGGUUUACACUCAAGAACAAGGUCUAGCAGUGGGAUCUCCAAUGUUACCGGUUUUGGCAAACAUAUUUAUGGAAGAAUUCGAAAAGAAAGCUCUAGGUGGAAUUCCAUACCUGCUCACGGUAUUCUGGCGUCAUGUGGAUGAUACGUUCGUCGUGAUGAAACGAGGAAAGAUUAAUUGGGUCAACUAUGCUGAAAAGCCGAGAAGUGCUGUACAGAUGUUUCAUACUUAUCGAGAAUCACCAGCAGUCCGCAUCUCACCAAACUCUAGGGAGGGCCAAACGCGUGACCCCUCGUUCAAGGUCAGUUCAUCAUCGUCGGACUACCUCACCUAUCUGAAGCUGGCACUUUCGCCAGCAUUUUGGCUGAGUUUUCCAGUCAUCCUGAUCACUGCCAACCUUCCAGUACUAAUUUGGCGCGCCAAGUCAGAUGGCUGGUGGCAAUCUCACAUGAGUGCUGGUAAAAAAAGGACAAAGCGUGUAAGAAAUUCCAUUCUGAGUACAGUGUUGAAUGAAUCUCCGAAGAGUGACCCAGAUCCACCAAACCACCUAAACAAGGAAGGUCAUAGAGCAGCGAAAAAUGAGCCCGUCGUUAUGUUGGUGAAGACGGCAGACCCAACAGACAUAAAUGCUACUUUUAGUGCCAUCAAGGAUAUCGUUUUCAGCAUAGAACAAGCCGUGUUCUA